UUCAGUUUCAUCCUUAACUGUAUGUGUUCAGACCUUCUGGAAAAAUCUCGUGCUGUUCGUCAAGCGAAAGAUGAACGUACUUUUCAUAUAUUUUAUCAGCUGUUAUCUGGAGCAGGAGAACAUCUUAAGUCUGACUUGCUCCUGGAAGGAUUUAAUAACUACAGAUUUCUCUCCAAUGGCUAUCUUCCUAUUCCGGGACAACAAGAUAAAGAUAAUUUCCAGGAGACAAUGGAAGCAAUGCAUAUCAUGGGCUUCUCUCAUGAAGAGAUUCUGUCAAUGCUGAAAGUAGUAUCUUCAGUGCUACAGUUUGGAAACAUUUCUUUCAAAAAGGAACGAAAUACUGAUCAAGCUUCCAUGCCAGAAAAUACAGUUGCACAGAAACUCUGCCAUCUUCUCGGGAUGAACGUGAUGGAGUUUACUCGGGCUAUCCUUACCCCGCGGAUCAAGGUUGGUCGAGACUACGUGCAGAAAGCCCAGACCAAAGAACAAGCAGAUUUUGCAGUUGAAGCAUUGGCAAAAGCCACCUAUGAGCGACUCUUCCGCUGGCUUGUUCACCGUAUCAAUAAAGCACUGGACAGGACCAAACGUCAGGGAGCAUCUUUUAUUGGAAUCCUGGAUAUUGCUGGAUUUGAAAUUUUUGAGCUGAACUCCUUUGAACAACUUUGUAUCAAUUACACCAAUGAGAAGCUGCAGCAGCUGUUCAACCACACCAUGUUUAUCCUGGAACAAGAGGAAUACCAGCGCGAAGGCAUCGAGUGGAACUUCAUCGAUUUUGGAUUAGACCUGCAGCCAUGCAUUGACCUGAUAGAGAGACCUGCUAACCCUCCUGGUGUGCUUGCCCUUCUGGAUGAAGAGUGCUGGUUCCCGAAAGCCACAGAUAAAACCUUUGUUGAGAAACUGGUUCAAGAGCAAGGUUCCCAUUCCAAGUUUCAGAAACCCCGGCAGCUGAAAGACAAAGCUGAUUUUUGCAUUAUACAUUAUGCAGGGAAGGUGGACUAUAAGGCAGAUGAAUGGCUGAUGAAGAACAUGGACCCUCUGAAUGACAAUGUGGCCACUCUUCUGCACCAGUCGUCAGACAGAUUUGUUGCAGAGCUUUGGAAGGACGUGGACCGAAUUGUGGGUCUGGAUCAAGUCACUGGUAUGGCUGAGACAGCUUUUGGCUCCGCGUACAAAACCAAGAAGGGCAUGUUUCGCACCGUCGGGCAACUUUACAAAGAGUCUCUCACCAAGCUGAUGGCCACUCUCCGAAACACCAACCCUAACUUUGUCCGCUGCAUCAUUCCAAAUCAUGAGAAGCGGGCUGGAAAGCUGGAUCCACACCUAGUGCUCGACCAGCUUCGGUGUAAUGGAGUCCUGGAAGGGAUCAGAAUCUGUCGCCAGGGCUUUCCCAACCGGAUAGUUUUCCAGGAAUUCAGACAGAGGUAUGAGAUCCUAACUCCAAAUGCGAUUCCUAAAGGUUUCAUGGACGGCAAACAGGCUUGUGAACGAAUGAUCCGGGCUUUAGAGUUGGACCCAAACCUUUACAGAAUUGGACAAAGCAAGAUAUUUUUCAGAGCUGGAGUUCUGGCACACUUAGAGGAAGAAAGAGAUUUAAAAAUUACCGACAUUAUCAUCUUCUUCCAGGCUGUUUGUAGAGGCUAUCUGGCCAGAAAGGCCUUUGCCAAGAAGCAGCAACAGCUAAGUGCCUUAAAGGUCUUGCAGCGGAACUGCGCAGCAUACCUGAAGUUACGGCAUUGGCAGUGGUGGCGAGUCUUCACAAAGGUGAAGCCACUCCUACAAGUUACUCGCCAAGAGGAAGAACUUCAGGCCAAAGAUGAAGAACUAUUAAAAGUGAAGGAAAAGCAGACAAAGGUAGAAGGAGAACUUGAGGAGAUGGAGAGGAAGCACCAGCAGCUUUUAGAAGAGAAGAAUAUCCUUGCAGAGCAGCUACAAGCAGAGACGGAGCUCUUUGCAGAAGCAGAAGAGAUGAGAGCAAGACUUGCUGCUAAAAAACAAGAGUUAGAAGAGAUUCUACAUGAUUUAGAGUCCAGGGUUGAAGAAGAAGAAGAAAGAAACCAAAUCCUCCAAAAUGAAAAGAAAAAAAUGCAAGCGCAUAUCCAGGACCUAGAAGAGCAACUAGAUGAAGAAGAAGGGGCUCGGCAGAAGCUACAGCUGGAAAAGGUGACCGCAGAGGCUAAAAUUAAGAAGAUGGAAGAGGAGAUUCUGCUUCUCGAGGACCAAAACUCUAAAUUUAUCAAGGAAAAGAAACUCAUGGAAGAUCGCAUUGCCGAGUGUUCUUCUCAGCUGGCUGAAGAGGAAGAAAAGGCAAAAAACUUGGCCAAGAUCAGGAAUAAACAAGAAGUAAUGAUCUCAGACCUCGAAGAACGCUUAAAGAAAGAAGAGAAAACUCGUCAAGAACUAGAAAAGGCCAAAAGAAAGCUUGACGGUGAAACCACUGACCUGCAGGACCAGAUCGCUGAGCUCCAGGCCCAGAUUGACGAGCUGAAGAUACAGCUGACCAAGAAGGAAGAGGAGCUGCAGGGUGCUUUAGCCAGAGGUGACGAUGAGACGCUCCACAAGAACAACGCGCUCAAAGUUGUGCGAGAGCUUCAGGCACAGAUCGCUGAACUGCAGGAAGACUUUGAAUCAGAGAAGGCUUCCCGCAACAAGGCAGAAAAGCAGAAAAGGGACUUGAGUGAAGAACUGGAAGCCCUGAAAACAGAACUGGAAGACACUCUGGACACUACUGCAGCUCAGCAGGAACUUCGUACAAAGCGUGAACAAGAAGUGGCAGAACUAAAGAAGGCUCUUGAGGAAGAAACUAAGAACCAUGAAGCCCAAAUUCAGGACAUGAGACAGAGACAUGCAACGGCCCUGGAGGAGCUCUCCGAGCAGCUGGAGCAGGCCAAGCGGUUCAAAGCAAAUCUGGAGAAGAACAAACAGGGCCUCGAGACAGAUAACAAGGAGCUGGCAUGUGAGGUGAAGGUGCUACAGCAGGUCAAGGCCGAGUCUGAGCACAAAAGGAAGAAACUUGACGCCCAGGUCCAAGAGCUCCAUGCCAAGGUCUCUGAAGGAGACAGACUCAGGGUGGAACUGGCUGAGAAAGCAAAUAAGCUACAGAAUGAACUUGAUAAUGUCUCAACUCUUCUGGAGGAAGCAGAGAAGAAAGGCAUCAAGUUUGCGAAGGACGCAGCUAGUCUCGAGUCUCAGCUGCAGGACACACAGGAGCUUCUUCAGGAAGAGACACGGCAGAAGCUGAACCUCAGCAGUCGAAUUCGGCAGCUGGAAGAGGAGAAGAACAGCCUUCAGGAGCAGCAGGAAGAGGAAGAGGAAGCCAGGAAGAACCUGGAAAAACAAGUGCUGGCCCUGCAGAACCAGUUGGCUGAUACCAAGAAGAAAGUGGAUGAUGACUUGGGAACAAUUGAAAGUCUGGAAGAAGCCAAAAAGAAGCUCCUGAAAGAUGUGGAGGCGUUGAGCCAGCGCCUGGAGGAAAAGGCGUUGGCCUACGACAAGUUGGAGAAGACCAAGAACCGCCUGCAGCAGGAGCUGGAUGACUUGAUGGUUGACCUGGACCAUCAGCGCCAGAUUGUCUCCAACUUGGAGAAGAAGCAAAAGAAGUUUGAUCAGCUGCUAGCAGAGGAGAAGAACAUCUCUGCUCGCCAUGCAGAAGAGCGAGACCGUGCAGAAGCAGAGGCCCGAGAGAAAGAAACCAAAGCCCUGUCGUUGGCACGGGCCCUGGAGGAAGCCCUGGAGGCCAAGGAAGAGUUCGAGAGGCAGAACAAGCAGCUGCGGGCAGACAUGGAAGACCUGAUGAGCUCAAAGGAUGACGUGGGGAAGAACGUCCAUGAACUUGAAAAAUCUAAACGGGCCCUAGAGCAGCAGGUGGAAGAAAUGAGGACCCAGCUGGAGGAGCUGGAAGACGAGCUUCAGGCUACUGAAGAUGCCAAGCUCCGUCUAGAGGUCAACAUGCAGGCCAUGAAAGCCCAGUUUGAGAGAGACUUGCAGACCAGAGAUGAGCAGAAUGAAGAGAAGAAGCGGCUGCUGAUUAAACAGGUGCGGGAACUCGAGGCGGAGCUGGAGGAUGAACGGAAACAGCGAGCUCUUGCUGUUGCUUCAAAGAAGAAGAUGGAAAUAGACCUGAAGGACCUUGAAGCCCAGAUUGAGGCUGCCAACAAGGCCCGGGAUGAAGUGAUCAAGCAGCUCCGAAAACUGCAGGCUCAGAUGAAAGAUCACCAGCGUGAAUUAGAGGAAGCUCGCGCAUCCCGGGAUGAGAUUUUUGCUCAGUCCAAGGAGAGUGAAAAGAAACUGAAGAGUCUAGAAGCAGAAAUCCUUCAAUUGCAGGAGGAAUUUGCUUCAUCUGAGCGAGCCCGCAGACACGCUGAGCAAGAACGAGAUGAGCUGGCCGAUGAGAUCACCAACAGCGCCUCUGGCAAGUCUGCACUGCUGGAUGAGAAGCGGCGUCUGGAGGCACGAAUCGCACAGCUGGAAGAAGAACUUGAAGAAGAACAGAGCAACAUGGAGCUGCUCAAUGACCGCUUCCGCAAGACCACGCUGCAGGUGGACACACUGAAUGCGGAACUGGCUGCCGAGCGCAGUGCUGCCCAGAAGAGCGACAAUGCACGCCAGCAGCUGGAGCGACAGAACAAGGAACUGAAGGCCAAACUGCAGGAGCUUGAGGGUGCUGUCAAGUCCAAAUUCAAGGCUACUAUCUCAGCCCUGGAAGCCAAGAUUGGGCAGCUGGAGGAACAGCUUGAGCAGGAAGCCAAGGAACGAGCAGCUGCCAACAAACUAGUCCGUCGCACUGAGAAGAAGCUAAAAGAAAUCUUCAUGCAGGUUGAAGAUGAGCGUCGACAUGCAGAUCAGUAUAAAGAGCAGAUGGAGAAAGCCAAUGCCAGGAUGAAGCAGCUUAAACGCCAGCUGGAGGAAGCAGAAGAAGAAGCUACACGUGCCAAUGCAUCUCGGCGUAAACUCCAGCGGGAACUGGAUGAUGCCACAGAAGCCAAUGAGGGCCUGAGCCGCGAGGUCAGCACGCUCAAGAACAGGCUAAGGCGGGGCGGCCCAAUCAGCUUCUCCUCAAGCCGAUCUGGCCGGCGUCAGCUGCACAUUGAAGGGGCUUCCCUGGAGCUGUCAGAUGAUGACACAGAAAGUAAAACCAGUGAUGUCAAUGAAACACAGCCACCCCAGUCAGAAUAGAGGCGCAGGAAGCCAGCGGAAGUGAUACAGUGAGACACACAGGAACUCACCCCAUGCCAGGCUGCCUUGGAAAGUCCUACAAAACUAGGAAAUCAGCAAGCUAUGAGAUUCCUCAGUGAAAGAUCAACUGUGUCUUAAGGCCUUCCAGCCUGCACAUACUGUAUCCUGCUUCAGAUUUAGGUACAAUUGCUCCCCUUUUUAUAUAUAUAUAUACUACACAAAACAUACACAUAUUAAACAGAUUGUGUCAUCAGUGCAUCUAUUUUCCAUAUACCCAUCAAGAGACCAUUUUAUAAUACUCGUUAAGAAGAGAACCUUUUUCAAACAAACUCCACAGUCGCUGGGUUAUCGGGGCAGCCCCGUGGUCGUUGCCCAGUUGCUCUGCAUGCUCUGUCGUAAGGACAGGUAAUUUAGUUCUGUGUUCAUGUGGCCCCUGAUUCCUCAGCCACAUAAGUUUCUUAGAACAUUGUGGAACCUAAACUGCACUUGUAUCUCAUUUCCUUUGAAUAAUGAUCAACACUAUUUCAGUGAGCAAACUGUGAAAGGGGCUUUGGAAAGAUUAGGAGGGGUGGGUUGGAUUGGGGAAGCAUCCAUUUGGGUUUACCCUGCCUGCCGUCUCCUCGCUUGUGUCGUUGGUGUCCCCACAUCUAUUCAUGCGAACUGUCUUUGGCCAGGGCUGCUCUGUGUAGAAAGGAUAGUGCCCAUGGUGCAGCUGACUUCCAGGUGGUCUCCCGAGCCCUCUGGCUUUGCAGUACACUGCGCUCCUCACUCGAGAGCAAGCACCUGUGGGCGUCACGGCAGGAGUUAGGGGAAGGCCCUGCGCUGCCAGCCAGGGUCUUGUGCUGACCUUGCAAAUUCAGCCACUGCUUUGAGCCCAAAAUGGGAAUGCUGGUUUUGUGUCCUAGAUUUGUUCCAAGUUUGUCAAUGAGGUUUAUUACAGAAUCUCAAGAACAGAUGCCAUCUGCCUGAAUGUUGACAUGCCAGUGGAUGUGAAUCCCUUUUUCUUUUCUACUUUUCCCUUCCCUCUGGACAGUGUUAAACAGUGAACAUUUAGCAUUCUGUUUCUGGUUGAUAGUUGAGCAAACUGACAUUACAGAAAGUGCCUUAGACACUACAGUACUAAGACAAUGUUAAAUAUAUUAUUUGCCUCUGUAACAACUUAAUGUAUUAAGUUUGACCAUGCUUUAUAUCAUGUACCUCCCUAGUCAAAGUGGUAUUAUAAACAUUCAGUGACAAUGAAUCAGUGUUAAUUAUAAUUCCUUGAUCCUCUGCAACAUGCUUAAAAAAAAAAAACACAGACCUUUUGGGUUAAAAGCUUUAACAUCUGUUAGGAAGAAUUCGUGUGUGGGUUUGGAAUCUUUGAUUCCCCCCCCCCUUUAUGAAUUGUACUGGCUGUUGACCACCAGACACCUGACUGCAAAUAUCUUUUCUUGUAUUCCCAUAUUUCUAGACAAUGAUUUUUGUAAGACAAUAAAUUUAUUCAUUAUAGAUA